GGGCAAGGGUUUUAGCGAUGGAGAGUGGAGGAGGAGCCCGGCGAGGGCGGAUGGUGAUCGAUCCCAAGGUCCGGCAGGUUGGAUUCGUGACGCCGGGCGAGCAGGACGGCCCCGCGGGGGUGUCGUCGUCGUCAGCGCAGGUAAAUGCCCCGGAUUCGCCAGCGCCGGUGAUGAUCCCGCCCGCGCCUCGCGUAGCAGUGCCGGCGGCGGCGGAUCAUUCUCCUCCAAAGCCCGCGGCUCCCGUGCCAAUCCCGCCGCGCUCUCCGCCCCUGCCGCCCCGGAAUUUCGAUGCCGAGGAUGAAAUGCCACUGGGGAGUUAUAACCCCGGUGGAGAGGGAGUUCUUGCGGGGAGCCCGAAUAGCUCGUAUGGGAAGGCUAGCAGCGAGAAGGCCGAGAUUGGAGACCUCUCUCCCACGAUGGUGGCAGAGUUGAAUAGCAGCAUGAUGGAGAUGAGUCUCGAGAGAAGCAAGUAUGAGCUUCCGGUGCCGGAGAAGGAGAAUGAGAGCACAGCCGACGUUAUCAGUGAGCGAGUGGAAGUUCCAGCGAUCAACAACAACGAAGGACCAGAGAACGAUGCACGGCAAAGGAAACUCAAGGAUCGGACGUCCAAGGCGGAGAGGCGGGCUUUGCAAGAGUCUCAGCGAGCAGCGAAAGAAGCGGCCAGAGCUUCUGCGGCCGUAGCAAAGGCCAAGCCACCACCGCAGAAGAAAGAUGGCAGCAACGAAAAGAAAGGAGUUGACAAGAAGCCCGUGGACAAGAGCGGCGAGAAGGACAAGAAGAAGGAAGUAGUCGUUCCGGAGAAGGACAAAAGGAAGGAUGCCCCGGCUCCGAGGCUGCAGUUCGAUGACGAGCAAAAGGUGGCGAAAGCGAGGCGACGAGCAAUUGUGGAACAAACCACCGAGACCAAGCAUCGAGUAGAGCUCUUCCGGCAUCUUCCACAGUUUGUGCCGCCUACACAGCUCCAAGCGCUGGAAGAGAAGUACCUCCAGAAUGAUACGAUGCAUAUACACCCGGCUGUGUAUCAGGUUGGACUGAAGUACUUGACGUGGGACAUCGUCGGCGGAAAUGCGAGGUGCGUUGCGAUGCUGGAGGCCUUCAAGGAGAUGAUCCGAGACUACACAACACCGCCUCAAAAGGUCAUGUCUCGAGAUCUCACAGCCAAGAUCAACAGCCACGUCUCGUUUCUCAGUACAUGCCGGCCGCUCUCGAUCAGCAUGGGAAACGCGAUACGAUCGUUCAAGUUGAAGAUCGGGAAGCUGCGGGAUACGCUCACAGAGGCGGAGGCAAAGUCGAGCCUCGUCUCUCACCUGGAGACGUUUGCUCAGGAGAAGAUCAUUCUGGCCGACAAGGAGAUAGUGAAGCACGCAGUGACGAAGAUCAUCGACGGGGACGUGGUUCUCACGCACGGCUUCUCGUGCGUCGUCGAGAUGGUUCUCUCUCACGCGCACAGCAUUGGGAAGAAGUUCCGGGUGGUGGUCGUGGAUUCCAGGCCCAGGCUCGAGGGACGAAUUCUUCUUCGCAGCCUUCUGGCCCAGGGGCUGAAGUGCACGUACACGCACAUCAACGCUGUCACUUACAUCAUGCAAGAGGUGACGAAGGUUUUCCUGGGAGCUGCUUCGAUUCUAGCGAACGGCACUGUUUAUUCGAGAGUCGGCACUGCUGCGGCCGCAAUGGUCGCUCAUGGUUACCGGGUACCCGUCAUGAUCUGCUGCGAGACGUACAAGUUCCACGAGAGAGUCCAGCUCGACUCCAUUUGCUCCAACGAGCUCGGCGAUCCAGAUGCUCUCGUUGGAGUUGCCGGGAGGAAGGAAUUUCGCGAGCUUGUUGGCUGGGACGAGAGCGAGCAUCUCCGGUUGCUGAAUCUAACGUAUGACGCAACUCCUGCCGACUACGUCUCGAUGAUCAUCACCGAGCACGGGAUGGUUCCACCGACGAGCGUCCCUGUCAUUCUCAGGGAGUAUAGAAAAGAGCCGAUCCUGUAAGAAAAAAGCGAAGAAGAAAAGUGGAGCAUAUGGUCGAUUUUGUCAUGGAAUUCGAACGAGAAUAAGCUACCUAGAGGUGAAUUGUUGGUGGUGCUGCUACUGCGGCCCCAGACUGUGCUCUCUGUGACUCAAUUUUGAAUCGAGUUUUGAGCUCCUUUUUGGCCA